AUGCGUCCCCAGAUUGUUCCCCUUUCCCUCAGUCUCCUACUCCUCUUCACCCUUAUCCCAGUCGUCCUCACUUCACCAUGCCCGCUCAACGAUGCACUUCCUUUCGCUGCAAUUGCACUUGGAGAAUGUUCCCCCACUCCAAGCCCCGCCACUGCGACCAGGACGCCGCCCGACGAGCCGGACGCCAACCCGACCUCGGAUCUCUCACUGUACCACCUGAACAUCCCCGCCGCCGUUGCAUCGACUGCGGCGAACCCUUUAUCACCUCCCAUCGCCAAAACUAGCAAAUCCGCCUCCGCCAUGUACGAUCGAGAAGAACACGUCUUUGUAGGAACACACGCGCAGUGGAAGGAGUGGAAGGCGGAGCAGGAGUUAUGCACGGUGUGCCACGCAGAGCAGUGGGAGAGUGCGCAGACGGAGAUGUGUGGAGGAUGUUGGAAGAAGAAGUUGGAGGAGACGAAAAGUAUCGAGUGGUUACGACGACAGGCAGAGUGGAGGGAGGAUACGGAGGAUUUUGGGCGAUGGAAGCAGGAGAUUUUCUGGUGCAUGUCGCAGAGGCGCCCCCUUCUUGACGAGCUCCUAUGCCGUAUGGAAUUCGACGCCCCCAUCCUUCACCCCGUCGUCUACCCUAACCCCCACCGCAAUGCCUAUCUCGCAUGGGUCAACGCCGACGACGCCGACGACGCCUAUCAACCGCAAGAACACCCACUCCAGCCCCUCGCCUAUCUCCACCAACAUCCCCUCACCAACAACCGUUCCCCAUCUCCACCUACCCUUCCCACUUCCAUGGCCCGCGAAUUCAAUUCUCCAUACAAGAGUCUCGAGGCGCGACUGACGUAG